UCUCUGUUCGGACGUUGAAGCCGCCCUAAGUCGAGUGCAAGCCAUGAAGGAAUUUUUACUACUUUUUGCUUGUGCUUCUCUUGCAGCAGCCAGCUAUCGAGAACACCUCAACCAAUUUCUUCAUGAAUUCGAAGAAUUAGCCAAAGAGAAAGUAUACUUGGAACAUGUCACUAACUUUACAGUUCUAACUGGAAUGAAAAUAUAUGUGAGGAUUGAGCUACAAAGCAAAGUUUUCCAUGCUUCAUUGCAGCCUCAUACAAGCUUGUUCCAUCCUGACUUGGUGGUCAAACAUAAGUUUAAAGAUGGUGAUAAACUUGGAUCAAUUAAUAUAGAAGAGUACUUGGAGGGAUCUCUAGUUGAUGAGCCUAGCAGCAGAGUCCUUAUCCACAUCAAAGAUAACAUUAUCACUGGAAGUGUUCAAGUUUCUGACCAAGAGAAAUACUUUUUUGAGCCAUCUGAUAAACACAUCAAAGAGCCUCAUGAUUUUCACAUGAUUGCAUACAAACUCUCUGAUGUCAAAUUCAAUCUGACCAAGCCUGAGGAUGGAGGUCACUUUUGUGGGCAUGAGUCUCAUGCUGGGCAGACUGAAUUUUCUGACAAAGACUUUGAAUUCAUGAUACCAAAAACACCAGUGAAUGGACAAGAUGGAUUUGAAUACUCUAGAAAGAAAAGAAACUCUGACAGGAAGACACGUUGCCCCUUAGCUCUCAUUGCUGAUUACAAAUUUUACUUAUUACAUAAGGAGGAUGAAGCUAGUGCUAUCAACUACAUGAUUGGUCUUAUCCAGCAGAUUGAUCCUCUCUACAAAAGACAAAUCAUGGAUGCAUCUGAUGAUGAAGAUUUUUCUGACUACGGCUUCACUGUCAAAUACAUUGAGGUAGUUAUGGAUACUUCUGAACAAGACUCAUCAUCCUACAAGUUUAAUGGAGAUAAAAGAGGUGUCUCAGACUUGCUCAAAAACUUUGCAUAUGGACCCUGGCGGCCGGAUUAUUGCUUGGCCCAUCUUUUCACAAACUAUGACUUUGAUGGUGGAGUGCUUGGAUUGGCUUACGUUGCCAGUCCAUCUCAGUCACGUGUUGGUGGUAUCUGCACAAAGACAUAUUACGUAUCAGGACAGAAAAAGAGUUUGAAUGUUGGGCUAACAACAGCUACUAAUUAUGGCCGGACUCUGUUGAGUUCUGAGCUUGUGUUUGUUACAGGCCACGAGUUUGGGCACAACUGGGGAAGUUCACAUGAUUCAGACACAUCGACAGAUUGUGCUCCAAGUGGUAACAGAUACAUGAUGUACCCAGCUGCAGUUGAUGGGUCUCAGGCUAACAACUAUUACUUUUCUCCUUGCAGUAAACGAGCCAUUAAUGAUGUACUACGCUCAAAAGCAGAUGUUUGUUUCACCAAACCAAACGCAGCUAUCUGUGGUAAUGGUGUGGUAGAAGAUGGCGAAGAGUGUGACCCGGGAAUGGAGGAAACUUCUUGCUGUACAAAAUGUCAACUGACCAGAGGCUCCGAAUGCGAGCCGUUGAACGAAGAGUGCUGUGGAGAAGUAGGCACACCUCAGCAUUGCAAGUUCCAUGCGAACAAGUUGUGUCUAGAAACAGGAUGGGAGGAAGAGCACAACAUUCAUUGUUUCGAGGAAUUCACAUGUGGGGUCAACUCUACUAGUACAAAGUGGGAAUGUAUGCCCGGGGACAAAGUUAAAAAUGAGGACGUAUGUUUUGACAAUGGGCGAUGUAACGAUGGUAUAUGUCAGGGAAUGUGCGCGUUUUACGGCCGUGAUCCUUGUCGUUGUUCUCCCCCUGUGCCAGACCCGGACUUUCCAGAUAAAUUAUUACCAAGCAAUGUUUGCAAGCAGUGUUGUAAAAAUAGUGACACAGGGCUGUGUGAACCAUUCCCGAACCCUAACACAACUAUGGUUGAUAAUCUUUCUAAUGGUAAAGUAUGUGGCGAUGGCAAUGGUAAUUGUGACGAAGGAGUUUGCAAGAUCGGCGCUCAAGAUGUUCAGGAGAAAUUCUGGGAGGUGAUGGAUAGGCUAGACGUUAACAUGCUCGCUAGAUGGUUCAAGAACAACAUCGUCUUUGCUAUUAUCAUCUUAACCAGUAUAUUUUGGAUUCCAAUCUCUUUCUUCGUCGACUGGCUGGACAAUAAGUAUGAUCUUGGGUACUUUGACAAGGUCUUGGGUUCGAGUGAUAAGGAAAGGAAGCCUAACGCUGACAAGUCAGCUGGAGGAGGAACUCAGCUGCUGGUCCAGGAGAAGAGAGAUCUCUACCCUAACCUGGAGGAUGUGGAGGAUACGGGGGUUUGAGGCGAUAUUUUAGAGAUAUUAUCAUGUUUUAGAGACAUUAUCAUGUUUUACUAGAGAUAUUAUCAUGUUUUAGAGAUAUUAUCAAGCUUUAGAGAUACUAUCAAGUUGUGUGUAGAUACAAUUACAUUACCUGCCCAUGUCACACAUUAUUUUAGUGUUUACCGUUAUUAUAAAGCUGAAUGUUGAGUGUUGUUUAAGUUGAGUUAAAUUUAGUAAUAUACUUUGUUAUACAGUAUACACUGAAUAAAACGUUACUGAAUAAUAUACACAUUUUUUAAUAACGCUGGAAUGUAUUAUAUUGUGUUUGUAUGCCAUGACUCAACGCUGGUAUUUUAGCUGCUUUACGUUUUAUUUCUAAUUUUUCAAGUCAACUGUGAAAGUUGAACAAGUUUAAACAUUCUUUAAAUAUUAAAGGGCGAUCCCCAUUGGUUUGAAUCAUUUGAAUAAUCACACAAUUCGCCUGCAGCUACAAAAAUUUAAUUUCACUUUAUGGCUUUUUCACAAACUUUAAAUCAUGAUUUUGGGAUUUCAUCCAAAAAUUAUAAUCAAGCUUAUAAUCAUGCUUCUUACAAAAAUCAUGUCUCGUUCUAGUUAGCCGAGAUUUUGCUAUUUAGUGUGGCUUUCUACGGCCAAUUUUUCAUACGUAUACGUAUAAUAUGUUCAAUAGGGAUAUAUAUAAUAUAGAUUUAUAUUAACUUAGUUUCGCGUAAAAUGACCAAAUCGAUUUGCUUAUAAAAUGUACAUAAUAUGUGCAAUUAUGUAUUUUGUGAUGUUUUCUGCGCUUUUGUAUGGUUGUUAUUUUUGAAAUUUCUUUAUCAAAUGAUGUCGCUAAUAUUUACUGAGUUUGGGCUAAUUCUAAUUGAUUACUUUAAUGGCUUUUAAUCGCUAAUUAUUCGGGUUUUUCACUCUGCAUGCUCUUAUACUGUAUAUUCAUGCAAUACCUAGUCGUCUUCUAUUUUCGGUACUUCAAAAUAUUAUGAUGAUCUAAAGUUUUGCCUAUCUGUGUGAUCACCAUAGUUAUCCAAUAUUCGCAAUUCAUAGACAAAUCCUUCACGAAUGUAAUAUCGUUUACACUUCAUCAUACGUCAUGCAUAACAUGCUACUUUUAUUAAUGCAUGCUAACUUUUAUCAAACACACUAGUACAGUCUUAACGUAGUGUAGUUAUCAACCACACUCAACUUUCCUACUCAAAUUUCAAUUUCUUAAAAUGUUUAGCUGCAAAGAUUUUUAUCGAUUUUUAAAUACAUUAUGACGAUGAGAAGAUUAACAAUGCUUACUUUUAAAAUCUAACAAAUGAAGCUGUAGAAAAUUAUGACAUAUGAGAGUUUAUAUUACAAUUCAGAUUUAGUUGCGUUUAUACAUAUUGAUUCAUUAUUAAGAUGUGUAAAUGCUUUUGACACUUUACUUUUUAUCUUGAAACAUAAAGGUGAUUGACUGGCUGAUAGAAUUGAGAAGGUGUUAUAUCUCGAAUUUUACCAAAAAUUAGACCCGUAUUUUAUCUCGAAUUUGUCCACCUUUGUUUGUUAACGUUCUUCUAGCAAGUGCACAUAAUUGAUACAAAAUUUAAAAGUUUAGCCAAACAAUCACUCAACACUGAAUAUUAUUUAGAAUUUAGACUGUGGAAGGAGUUGAACUUUGUAUUUUGUAUUUAUCUUUGGAGUAUCGCAGGAAACUUUUUAAUCGCGUUUGAACUAUUUGUGUUGAAA